AUGUCUAAAGCACAAGCAACCAAAAGUGAAAAAAUUGCUGACUUUUUCAACAGACAUCAAAUAGACCUUCCCUGGAAAAUCAUCUUUCCCAUCAUCAUUGGACAUUUGUUGAACAUUCGAUUUUUCACACAAUUUAUAUUUAUAUCAGGAGAACUUCCAAAUGGCCUUUAUAGGAAAUGUGCGUGGGAUCUAGCUUUUUUGUUCUUUUACUUUUGUGUAUUUACACUUGUCCGUGCUGCAACCAUGAAAUAUGUAUUGAAACCAUUAUCCAGCCGUCUGAAUGUUUCGAAAGGGAAAGUACUUCGUUUUUGUGAACAGAGUUGGUUGGUUAUUUAUUAUUCAAUCAGCUUCACUAGUGGAUUCAUUAUAUUAUACAAUUCGCCAACAUGGAAUGAUACAUCCUACUUCUGGCGUAAUUAUCCUGAUUGGGAGAUGACGGCUAGCUUAAAGUAUUACUACUUAUUGCAGUUUGCAUUUUGGAUUCAACAGCCAUUUGUGCUACAAAUUGAAGCACCAAGAAAAGAUUACAGAGAGUAUAUGUUACAUCAUAUUAAUACAUUAUUGUUGGUCGGCUUGAGUUAUGCGUGUAACUUUACUGCAGUCGGCGUUGCUGUUUUUGUGUGUAUGGAUUUACCGGAUGUACUUCUCAGUUUAGCGAAAACCUUACAUUAUCUCAAAUUCGGAUUCAUAUGCGAUGCAACAUUUGUAGCAAUGGUUAUCUCCUGGUUAUAUACAAGAGUGUAUCUCUAUGGACGCAUUAUAUGGUCAACCUAUACUGAAACGGAAUUAUAUAUCCCAGAAUUUAAGUUGGACCCAGUAAAUGGUUACUGGUUCCCUCAUUUCGUCAAGUACAUUAUCGUCGCAUUGAUGAUGGGCCUUUACAUACUUAUUGUGUUUUGGACUUUGAUGAUUUUCAAAGUGGUUUACAAAUUGGUUACAAACACUGGCAUUACUGAUGUGCGCUCAGAUGAUGAAGAUGACGAUAGCCAGCAUAGACAGUCAGAUUUUGAAGUGAUAUCCAUAAUGGUAAGCUGA